AGUCCAAAUACCGUAGAACAAUUAUAAAAAGAAGUCAUUCCACGGCUUCGUGCAUUUUCUGAAACAUCACAAUCUAACAUUCCCGAGACAUUUAAAUUCAAAAGAUAUACCCAACAUCUAACAUGGCAUCCCAUGCAGCCCUCGGAUCUGCCGCCAUCGAUAAGAAAGAAUACCCCGCGGCCAUUACACACUUAACCAAAGCUAUCGCUGAAAACCCAGCCUCCCCAAACUACUUCAUCCUCCGCUCCACAGCAUACCAACGUGCCAAAAAUCACGAAGCAGCUCUUGCGGAUGCUGAUGCUGCCGUCAAUGCAGCUGUUGCUCGUUCUCGUCGCGAACUCAUCGCUACAGCACAAUUCCGUCGCGCGGUUGCUCUUCACGGUCUAGGCAGAUUUGGAGACGCGAGAUUGUGUUUGAAUUGGUGUAGACAGAAGAAUGAGAAGGAGAAGGGAUUAACUCUUUGGCAGGCAAAAGUUAAGGCCGAUUAUGACAAUGCCGGUGGUGAAGAGGCUGAGUGUAAUAAGUGUACUGUGAAGGAGAUUCCUGAGAAACAGGUUGCCAAGGUGGAGAAGGGCAAAGAGCUUGAAAAGUCAGCUGUUGCUUCAGCUGCUCCAGUACCGGCUGCAGCAACUACUCCGAAGGAAAAGAUUAGACACGAGUAUGUUAACCAAUUGUUUAGCAAGAUGUCACAAAGCUAACAGAUUUUACAGAUGGUUUCAAUCAAGCUCGAAGGUUACUAUUACUAUUUUCGCAAAGGGCGUUGCGAAAGAUACUGCACAAAUUACGAUCGAAGAAGGACAGGUAUGUCAAUCAUGGAAAUUGAAAACUCACAUAAGCUAAUACGUCACAGGUUGAGGUUUCAUUCCCAAUUGGAGAAACUGGCACUACAUACGAUUUUACAGCCUCACCACUCUACGCUCAAAUCGAUCCUGCCCAAAGCAAGUUCACUAUCACUCCAAACAAAGUUGAAAUUGAUUUACAGAAGUCAAAGCAAGGGCUCAAGUGGUCUAGCUUGGAAGGAACCGAGCCUAUAAUCGGCACAUCCACCGAAGAAAAGAAAUCAGAGAUUCCAGCUGCCGUUCUAAAUCCCUCAGUCGGAAAGGCCCCUUCUUACCCAACCUCAUCUCGUAAUGGACCCAAAGACUGGGAUGCCCUCGCAUCAUCAGCUCUCGAAUCCGAGAAGAAAGAAGGAGGCAAGGAAACAACUGGAGACGAUGACGAUGAAAGUGGUGAUCCAAUGGAUGCCUUCUUCAAGAAACUCUAUAAAGAUGCUGAUCCAGAUACUAAGAGGGCUAUGAUGAAGAGUUUCCAAGAAAGUAAUGGUACUGCAUUGAGCACCAACUGGUCUGAUGUUAAGAAGGGCACCGUUGAGACGAAUCCACCUGAAGGAGUUGAAGCAAAGAAAUGGUAGAGAGUGAGACGUGGUGGGAGAGAGCAAAUUCGAAUCAUCAUGCUUACUGGCUAUGGAAGGGAGUCUAGGAGUGAGGUGUCAUACUAUGGCGUUUGUGCUUCGUUACAUAAAAGUAUUCGGUAGAUACCUAGGUACUCAAAGUUGCAAUUUAAUUUUAAAAACUUAC